AUGCCAAUGCUUCAUCAGCAAACUUUGCCUGAAGGUUACGCCACGAUACGGCGAAGUAAAGGCCGUAAUGAUCACAAGCAUAAGCUUCGCACGUCGUCAACAUCAUCGAUUGAAAUGACCGAAUUGAGUCCAAGACGAAAGUCAAUAAAGCGAACUUUUGAUUCGGAAAUUAUGUACGCGAAAAAGCUUAACGAAGUAUUUGAUGAGUCGAUUGAAUUAGAUGAAGACGUUCUUAAUGGUUUCGAGAGCGACGCUGAUGGGAUGAGUCAAUUUUCUGAUUCAAUCAACAAACGCACAACAUUUGAGACAUUCAAGCCCCGAAAUUCAAUUGAAAGUGGAGACGAUGGCAGUGACAAAGAUCUGCAACAAUCAAAUGAAUGCUUCCAAUCAUUGCCUUACGACAUUAUCAUGUCACCAUUGAAAUCACCUCAAUACAUAAAUCAGCUAAAUGCGAUGAGAUCAAAAUCAACAGUUGAUGGAGUUACGCGACAAUUUCCGCUUUAUUCCCGUCCUGAAAGUCCGAAAUAUGGCAAAAUUUUAUACCAUCAUCGGUCAACAUCGCCAUCAGCUGAUAGCAUGGAUAAUUCGUCUUCGAACUCAUCCACUUAUUCUUCCAAUCAUCACGCAGCUUUUCAACAUGCAUCAAUGACUCAAUCGCUACAUCUCCCAUCGACAACAAAUCGCCAACAAGGCGAAGAUGAAAAUGUGAUUUUAAUUAAUGUUCAACCACAUGCAAGAAAGCAUCCACCUCUUAAAGCCACUAAUCUCAAUUAUAGGAAAUCGUUUAGUCAUUUCAAUGGAAAUGGCAAUGGAAGAUUGGUCAGUAAUAAUAUUGAUGACAGCUCCGAGCAAAUAAAUCGAUGUUCAAUGCAAUCAUCGCUUACUAUGACAAAGUCACUUUACAGCCCAUCGUUGCUUUCUCAUGUUCAACAUCGACGCUUUGCAACACUUGCCCAUCCCAAAGAAAAGCAACAUUUUGAAAACGACAAUAAAUUAGCAUCGUCAUUGGGAGAUUUAAUUCAUUGGGAUCCAAUUUUGAGCUGUAAGAUUGGCUCACAAACCACAUUAAGAACAAAACCACCAGUGCCUUGGUACGAACUGGCAAUUAAGAAGGAAUUUCGUCAAAGCUGUCCUCCACUUCAGCACGCGAUGUUUGGGGCUUUAGUCACUCCCAAAAGACACAAUAAAACUGUAAGGAAUUACAUCACGGAUUUAGAAAGGAGAAAAAUGUGA